AUGACAGACUCCAAACGUCCUCCAUCUACUGCGGUAGUCCAACCUUCGACUUCUUCUUCUCAUACACCCCAUGCCAACGGUCUGUCAAACCCCUCCAUCUCCUUCCCCCCUCCGUCGUCGACCAACGGCUCAGCCGGUCAUGCCUCAUCUGGCCCUCAGUCCUCUCAAGCUAGGCUCUUGCCCGCCCAGUCUACCCAGUCCAGUAUGCAGCGUCAGUCAGUGGACCCUCACCCUACUCAACUCGGUAUGAAUGGCUCCGGGAACGAUUGGGGAGUUGCCAGUGCUGUCAACGGAAUGAUGUUGAGCAAAAUGCCCGGCGCGAAUCAAGAGGCCAUUAUGAAACAGCUCCAGGCUCUGCAAUCUGCUAAAGCGAGAAGAACGUCUGGCACCCUUCCGCCAGGUGUGCGACCAAACUCAACUUCUCAUCCUAUCAGUGCUCCUUCCCCCGCUUCUAUCACUGCCCCAUCCCCUGCAACUGCCAGUACAUCUUUACCUCUUGAUCAACAAAACGCCGUUGCAGGACCUUCCAGAUCCCCUUCAGCUUUCCCCCACAACCCAUUGGCUCCCACCCAGUCUCCUGUCGCCCGUCCUCCCCUUUCCAACAGCAACGGCGCGCCCAUGUCAAGCAAUGGCACGGGAAAUCAGGACCAAUUUCACCAACAACGCGACAUGGGGUCCGCUCAACAAGUCCGACCGCCCGCGCAAACAGGAGCCGUCCGUCCGCCCAACCGACCGGGUCCAGCGGAUCAACGACGACAGUUUCUUAGUUCUCUCGCCGGCUAUCACAAACAGAUGAAUCUUCCUCUUCCCACCCCCAUAUUCAAUGGUGAGCGAGAGGGUGCUCUCAAACUCGGCGACGUUUGGCUGGACGUGAUGGAGUUCUUCAUGGCCAUCUUGCGAUCUGGCGGCAUAACGAAUAUAUCGAAGAUGCCUCCCGAAGGUCCGUUCUGGCAAACUUUGUUGACCGCGAAGAAUAUUCCGAACCCAUUACCACAACCUAUCCCGUUACCUAGACCUCUCUCGAUAGAUGUCUCGUUACCUCAAGAGAUGACCACCAAUCCAAUUCAGUACCUCUUGGCGGCGUAUGGGUCAUGGCUUGGACCAUUUGAGCAGCAUAUGCAGAAACAGCGGAUGGCGUUGCUUCAGAGGCAGCAAGCGGCGGCGGCCUUGAUGGCUGGAAGAUCACCUCUGGAGAAUCCCAUACCGGCUCAGAACGAUUCGUCUCCUGCAACAUUUCCACAAUCACAACAGCCUCAGCAAGGCCAUCCUCAUUCGGCGAUUCAACAAGCGCCGACGCCGGGCUCCGCGGUCGCUACGCCUGUCAACGUGAUUGCUCACCCCUCCCCCGCAACUUCCACUAUAGGCGUUUCAUUGCCCGAUGGAUCUUCACCCGCUCCGUCAAAAAUCAAGGGGGAUAAUCCGAAGCACGUACCUCCACCUAUCAAAAUCGAUACGUCGACAAAUAGUCGUUCACCUGCAGGCCCAACGAGUGGCAGUGCCAAAAAGCGCAAAAGGGAGAAGGAUAGUGCGAAAGCUAACAAAUCAAAAUCCGGUUCCGUUCCAGCUACCCCCACUCCUCAGGCCACUCCAGCACCAGCACCAGUUCCAGAUCCCUCUCCUCCUUGUCCUCCGACUCCCAAACGUGCUCGAUACAAAGUUGAAUACCGUCCUCUUCACUUCCCUCAACCGACUUUAGCAGGAUGGGACGAACGAGCCAUCGUAUCCUCUUUUCCAAAACAUAACCUUCAUCAGACCCCUCGAUCAGUGCACGAACUCGGUAUAGUCGACAUGGAAGCUGUCCUGAUGAGCCUACGCUCUCGGCUGCCCCAUCAACUAGGGUAUGCUUUGGCAGUCAUGUCGAUGCUUUCCAUGCCCCAUCCUGACGAAGGUAUCGCGGGACUACCCUUGUUACAUCUUCAAGAGAUUUACGUGGAAAUUGUGGAUCUGUGUUGUGAGGCAGCGUUCGGAGAAGAUGGAUACGAUACCUGGUGUAAGAGUGUUGGGGACGAAGAAAGUCGAUAUGAGGAUUUGACGUAUUCAGAAUUGGAACGAAUGGGCAGAGACAAAGAAUGGGGGUUUGAUACAGGACGUUGCUCUACCGGAGGGAGGACUGAUAUCAUCUUGUGUUGUUUGAACUUGUUGAGGAAUUUGAGUAUGAUGGUGGAGAAUCAAGAAGUCAUGGCGAGGUAUCCUGGGAUUUUUGAUCUUCUGGCGAGGAUAACGGAUUCGAGGUUAUGUCGGUUUUAUUCUUCCAAUUACGCAUCCGCAUCCGUUCAACGCGACAAGCCCAUACCACUCCAACUUGGUCGUCUCCUUCAACAAGACAUGUCAACUAGUAAGGAUAAAUUUGAAUCUUCGCGACAUCUCAAUGGAAAUGACCUUUAUUCGACCGACAAACCGGUACAAACUUGUGACGCAGAUGAGGGUACGGAACAGAAAGACUCAAAGUCGUCUCACUCAAGCAACAACCGUCCAUCCGAUCGAUCUUCCCGACCUUUUUCCAUCCUUGAACUAGCUCGAGUCCGACGAGAAGUGAUCUCAAUCCUCUCCAAUCUUUCCCUUUCAUUCUACUUACCCUCACUCUCAUUCUCAUCAACCAAAACAAUCUUCAAACUUCUCUCUUCCUCCCUUCCCAAAACUCUUGAUCCUACAACUCUUCACAAUCCACUCUAUGGACCUCCAAUCCCUUUAUCUGUCGUUCCACCUAGUAUGACACCCAGCACUUACAAAACUCUUGAAGCCUUAUGUAAAUUAACGCAUCGUGAUUCCAAUCGUGAAAUCUUAUCUCGUCUUCCUUCAAACGAAUUGAUAUCUCUAUUCGAAACUCUCAUUAAACUUUUACCUAUCUCAAGAAGACAAGAAGAAUCAUUGAAAUAUCAUGAAGAUUUCAUAGCUCAUUUCGAAACUUUAUCCUUGUGUUUAUAUUCAAUAGCUUUCCUCUCACCUUUAUCUGUUCGAGCGAAAAUGAGAGAAAUAAAAGGUGUCAUACCUAUUUUAUUACGAGUCAUCUCAUUCACUGGUAAUACAAGAGGAACGACAGAUUGGAGGAAUAAUCCAUUAGGUAUAUUAUGUAGAAGAUUAGUGGAAACUCUAAGUGUUUUGAAUGGGACUGUAUCACCUGCUUUUAAUGAAGAGAAAAUGGGUUUCGGAGCUGGAGGUGUGGAUGGUAAAGGUUGGAAAUUCGCCAGUAGACCUGUGGAAAGUGGUUGGUUGGCAGGUCAUGGUGAUGAAUUAGAUUGGGUGGUGGGUGUUAAAGGUGUUGAUGGUGUGGUUUUGAGUGAAUUGGAAGGUUUAUGGAUGGAGUGA